AUGAAAUUUUCACGAAAUUUUGCAACAUUUUCAAAAUUAUUCAAACAGAUCAAUGACACAAGUUCUUCAAUUUAUAUAGGUAAGAAAUCAUCAAAUAAUUUAUCAGUAGGUUUGGUUGGUUUAGCAAAUGUUGGAAAAUCAACUUUUUUCCAAAGUUUAACAAAAUCAAAACUUGGUAAUCCAGCAAAUUAUCCAUUUGCAACUAUUGAACCAGAAAAAUCUACAAUUAUAGUUGAACUGGAAACAUUAAAUCAUUAUAAUCAGAUAUUCAAAUCAAAUAAAAAAAUUAAUACAAAUUUAAUUAUAUGGGAUAUUGCUGGAUUAACUAAAAAUUGUAAUCUUGGAGAAGGAAUGGGUAAUAAAUUUUUAAAUAAUAUUCGUCAAGUAGAUGGAAUUAUACAAAUUGUGAGAGGGUUUGAAAAUGAUGAUAUUACACAUAUUGAAAAGACAAUAGAUCCAAUACGAGAUUUAAUUAUUGUUCAAGAUGAGUUAAUUUUAAAAGAUGUUGAAUUUAUUGAAAAUGAGAUUGAACAACUACAAAAAUUAAAUAAGAAGAUGAAAUUUAAUAAGGUUAAGAGUCUUGAUUAUGAAUUAAAUAUGAAUCUAAUGGAUAAAGUAAUUGAUUUGUUAUAUAAUGGUAAGAAAAUAAUCAAUUGUGAGUCCGAAUUCAAUGAAGACGAGAUCAAAAUUAUAAACAAACUAAAUUUACUCACUGCCAAACCUACAAUUUAUUGUCUAAAUGUGAGUGAAGAAGAUUAUAAAAACCAGGAGAAUAAAUACUACCAAAAUGUUCUAGAAUGGGUUAAUGAAAAUUCAAAUAAUAAAGAUAAAUUAUUAAUGUUUAGUGGAGAAUACGAAACCAAGAUAAAUGAGUUAAAAGGUGAUGAAUUGGAAGUCUAUCAAAAUGGUACAGAAACAAUUUUGAAUCAGUUAAUUAAAGAAAUGAGAUCAUUACUAAAAUUAAUUUCAUUUUAUACUUGUGGUGAAACAGAAUCUAAACAAUGGACAAUUUUGAAAAAUUCUACAAUAUUGGAAGCUGCAGGAUUAAUUCAUACUGAUUUAAAAAAUACAUUUAUAAAUUCAAUUGUUUAUAAAUGGGAAGAUUUACUGAAAUUGAAACAAUUUGAUGAGAAUAUGUUAAAAUCAAUGGGAAAACAAUAUAGGCAAGGUAAGAAGUAUAUAAUUGAAGAUGGUGAUGUUAUAAUUAUUAAAGCUGGGAAGGGUAAAGCACGAUAA